ACGUCAACUGCAAUCACGGUUGUAUCUCCAACAUGGCGUCGCUGGGAAGGAGGCGCGGUGUCCCAGUAAGCAGGGAGAGGGGAGUGAUGGCGGCGACAGACUGCUACAUUGUGCACGAGAUCUACAAUGGGGAGAAUGCGCAGGACCAGUUUGAGUAUGAGCUGGAGCAGGCACUGGAGGCCCAGUAUAAAUACAUUGUUAUUGAGCCCACACGCAUCGGAGAUGAGACGGCCCGUUGGAUUACAGUGGGCAACUGCCUGCACAAGACGGCCGUGUUGUCAGGCGCUGCUUGCCUCUUGACGCCACUUUCACUGCCCGCUGAAUACUCGCGCUAUGUGGCAUUGCCCGCUGGCGCCCUCAGUGUGGCCUGUGCUGCCCUCUACGGGAUCUCAUGGCAGUUUGACCCUUGCUGCAAGUACCAGGUGGAAUAUGACAGCCAAAAACUCUCACGGCUGCCCCUGCAUACACUCACCUCCUCGACGCCUGUGGUAUUGGUACGCAGGGAUGACAUCCACAGAAAGAGACUCCAUAAUACGAUAGCACUGGCUGCCCUGGCGUAUUGCGCCAAGAAGAUCUACGAACUCUAUGCUGUAUGAGUGCACUCUGAAGAGGGUUUAAGAACCAACAGAAAAAGGAAAAAACAAACAAAAAAACAGAACCUAUCCACCCCCAGAUGUAAGAAAAGUGGAAGUCGCGAUCAGUCCCAGCAGUUAGCUCCACACGCGUGGUGGGUGCUUCCAUUUUGAACUUUGAUCAGAGGGAUAUAGUUAAAACUAGAAGGAAUUGUUUUUUCCCUUACGUUUCCUUUACUUCUAUGUGACAACAACAGCACAUUUAUCUUUGUAGUACCCUUGCGCCUCCUCCCCUGCGCCCUCCACCUGCAUCCUUGACACACAACAAGCUAGUGCACAAGGGUAUGGCAAGCAGUUCUUUUGGACUGAAUCGUAUUGCAGUUGAAAUGGACAGACAUGUUUUGAGUACCAAGCUCUUUUCCCUUUCCCUCGUAGUUUUACUGUACCCCUUUCUUGCUGAUCAGUACAUCACCCUUUCAUUAAACAUUAGGAUAUUUCAAACUCACAUUUCUGUAUUUUAUUUUACUUUUUUCAUUAAAUGGAUUCUACUUGAUGUCCA